AUGAAGCGGACACGCGACCUCGUGUACCGCCCUUUCGACACGGCGAACUCGAUUUCUCGUGAUUUCCUAUCGCUGAAGAAGAACAAGGACGACAUCUAUUUUGUUGGCCAGGUAAAGGAGAAUAAUCCAAGCGGGGCACAGAAGGCAGUAGCGACAAGCCCCAGCCCCGCACCCCCCACGGCCGAGACUCAACAGCCAAUCGUUGCGACGUCCCCGCCAGCAUCAAGUGCUACACCCGUCACUGUGUGUCCGGUGGAAGACACGCCUAUUGCGGCAGUGGAUAUUAUAAGAACUAUCGUGUCCCUCGCGCUAAAGAAGCCCGCGAAGGAUGUCGCAUUUGACAGCUCCGUCAAGACCCUUUCAGGAGGUGAGUCAACCUUGCAGAAUGAGAUCACCGGAGACCUGGACACUGAGUUCGGGUCGACGCCGGACGGAGUUGAGGAGCUGCCGCUGAAUGACCUGGCCUCAAUUCUCCAGAAGACAUUCACGGGUGCGUUGGGCAAGCGCACGAAGUCGCUUGUCGACAAGUUCUUCGCCUCCAAGAUGCCUGGAGGGUUCAACCAGACGAAAGCCCGCGAAAUUCUCGAGGGCGACUAUGGAUUCGCCGCUGGCCGUCAGGACGCCAUUUUCCUCGUCGCUCUCCAGAGCCCACCGACAGCUCGUUUAGGCUCCGAAGGCGAGGCGAAAGAGUUCUGGUCAAACACCGUCCAGGGAUACAUCGCGGUGACCGGGGUUCAGAUCCAAAAGACUGCAACUGGUGUUCCUGGUACAUCUUCCGCGGCUGUUGCCAUCGACCCCAAGGCUCUUGACUCGCUGAACAAGCGCUCCAACGACUUCCACCGUGAGGUUUAUGAAGCCUAUGCAAGGCAUCUUGGUGAGAAGAAUGGUGAUGCCGAAGAAGUCGCACAGCUCCGAAGUGACAUGCAGAACCUGCAGAACGAACUUGACCUGUGGAACUUGGAGCAUGGAAACGAAUAUGCGAACGGCAUCAAGCCGUACUUCGAUAAACGGAAAGCUCGAGUAUAUGACUCAUUCUGGAACUGGGCCUUGCAGGAUCUUUUCAAGAUUUACCAUGGUGUGCGCCAAGGUUACCUCCGCCUUGAAUCCGAGGAGGUUGGACGACGUCGACAUGCGCUGCUUAAUCGCACCAGCAAGCGGCUAAUCAAUGUGCUAUCUCAUAUGCUAGAUGAUAUGAAGAAGCAGCAUGCGCGGUCGAUUGCUGUCGAGCUCUGGUUUGAGGACCUGUUAGUGGACUGCAAAGCGGCCUUGUUACAAGCACCAACAUAUGUCGCAUCGAGCAAGAUCACUGCGCCGCACACAACCAUUGAUGCUAACGGAUCCAUCAACUUUGUUGAAGCAACCUGCGCUCGCCCUCGUACUCACAACCCAACCGCUGAGUCAAAGGCUUUCGAAGCUGCGAUUGUUGCUAAGAACACUAAAGACCACGGUUCUAUUCCUGGCCCAUUUGGUCUCGGGCUCUUGCCUCCUACACCCGCCAUGACGCCAUCUUUGACCCCCAUCAUGACUCCUAGCAACUCUUCCGACUCCGACCUUGCCUCCCUUCCGGACGGUGUUGGUGUGCGGACUUCCUACUACCCCCAGAUCCAGCAGAAAUCCGGCGGAGCGUGGAAGGAAUCUAAGCAUUUGACCGCCGAAUAUGCAAACAUCCUCAAUCGUUCGAUAUCAUCCGGCCUAGCAUUUCAAGGCAAGAAUGUGCUCGUUACGGGUGCUGGAAAGGGAUCCAUUGGGGCCAAGAUUGUGCAGGGGCUACUCUCAGGAGGUGCCAAGGUCAUGGUCACAACGAGCUCGUACUCCCGAGCCACCAAGUUCUACCAGCACAUAUUUUCCAAGUUCGGUUCCAAGGGAUCUAGUUUGAUGGUUGUGCCAUAUAACCAGGGUAGCCAACAAGAUACUGAGGCUCUUAUCCAGUACAUCUACAGCCUUGGUGAGUGUGAGUGGGAUCUAGAUCACGUCAUACCGUUUGCAGCCAUUUCUGAGACUGCUAAUGGUGUUGAGCUUGGACCAAAGUCUGAACUUGCUCAUCGCGUGAUGCUCACGAACACUCUUCGUCUUCUUGGAGCCAUCAAGAAGGCCAAAGAGAGCCAUCGCAUCACGACCCGACCAGCGCAGGUCCUUCUGCCUUUGUCUCCUAACCACGGUAUUUUUGGAGGAGAUGGCCUCUACUCCGAAUCGAAACUGGGUCUAGAGGGUCUCUUAAACAAAUGGUACACUGAGGACUGGUCUGAGUAUCUGUCUAUCUGUGGUGCAAUCAUUGGUUGGACUCGAGGUACCAGUUUGAUGAAUGACAACGAUAUGGUCGCUGAGGGCGUGGAGGCUUUAGGUGUUAAGACCUUUUCGCAAGAUGAAAUGGCUCUGAACAUCAUGAGUCUGAUGGCCUCACCGUUGCUCGAAGUUACACAGACUGAACCACUCAUGGCUGAUCUAAGUGGCGGAAUGAGCACUUUCCCGAACCUAAAGGAUGAGGUUGCAACAAUACGGAAGGAAAUUGCUGAUAUUAGCUCUAGCCGCCGGGCAUUGGUUAAGGAGCAGAGAGCUGAAUUUGAUAAGCCCGGCAAUGGACCGCUCUCCCCCACCAAGCAGUUCGCCAACCCCUUCAAGAAGAGGGCCAACAUCAAGUUUGACUUCCCUAAUCUUCCGAACUAUACUUCUGAAGUUCAGGAGCUCUCCGCACUUGAAGGGAUGAUUGACCUUGAGAAGGUCGUUGUUGUUGUCGGAUUCGGCGAAGUCGGUCCUCACGGAAGCUCCCGCACUCGAUGGCAAAUGGAAUCCCAGGGUCAAUUUUCGUUAGAAGGCUUCAUCGAGAUGGCCUGGAUGAUGGGACUCAUUGAGUAUCAGAGCACCGAAGGCCUUCCAUACAGCGGCUGGAUCGAGAAGGACACAAAGAAGCCAAUCACCGAUUGCGAGAUCAAACAAAAGUAUGAGGAUCACAUUCUCAAGCACAGCGGCAUCCGCAUUCUCGAUGCUCGGACCCUCGAUGGACCCGACCCAGCUGCCCGGCAGGUGCUUCACGAGAUCGACCUCCAACACGACUUCGCUCCUUUCGAAGUUUCGAAGGAAAGUGCAGCUGACCUGCUCCGUGAAAAUGGUAGCAAGGUUACCAUCAAGCCCAUCUCUGGAUCGGAAAGCUGCAUGGUCACUCUCCACAAGGGAGCUCGGUUGAUGGUACCGAAGUCGUUAGUUUUUGAUCGCACCGUCGGCGGCCAAGUCCCUACCGGCUGGUGUGCCAAAACAUAUGGUAUUACGGACGACAUUAUAAACCAGGUUGAUCCUGCGACACUGUAUGCAUUGGUUUGCACAGCCGAAGCAAUGCUAUCUGCCGGCGUGACAGAUCCCUAUGAGUUCUACAAGUACAUUCAUGUUUCUCAACUUGGUGUAUGUGUGGGCUCUGGUUUCGGAGGAGCUGCAUCGCUGCAAGGAAUCUAUAAGGAGAGAUUCAUGGACAAAGCGGUUCAGAACGACGUUCUGGCAGAGUCUUUCAUCAACACUGGCAGUGCGUGGAUUAACAUGUUACUGCUAUCGUCCUGUGGACCAAACAUCACCCCCGUUGGUGCCUGCGCAACUGCUCUCGAGUCACUUGACGUCGGCUACGAAGUUAUCUCUAGCGGAAAGGCUAAGGCUGUGGUUGUUGGCGGAUACGACUACCUUGCUAAAGACGUUGCUUAUGAGUUCGCUAACAUGAAAGCAACCAACAACACCGAUGAGGACUUUGCACGUGGCAGGACUCCCCAGGAAAUGUCUCGUCCUGCGACCACUACUCGAAGUGGGUUCGUGGAGUCGGAGGGUUGUGGCAUCCAACUGCUCACAAACGCGAAACUUGCGCUUGAGAUGGGUCUUCCCAUCCAUGGUGUCAUCGCAAUGACGCGCACAGCUAGCGACAAAGCAGGGAGGUCUCUUCCUGCCCCUGGGCGUGGCAUCAUCAAUAUCAGCGGCGCGUCCAAGAGUAGCUUUGAAUCUCCGCUCCUGAACAUUACCUACCGCAAGCGUCAAAUCGACCUCCGUAUGAACCAGAUCAAGGAAAACCAGCAAUCUGAGCUCGAUUACCUCCAACAAGAAAUCUCGUCUUACAAAUCCGGCCAGGUCAAUUUUGACAUCGAUGCCUACCGUCAACACCGUGUCGAGGCGAUUGCCUCUGAAGCUCAAAAACAACGGCAAGAGGUGCUUAACAGCUACGGAAACGAAUUCUGGAAGAGAGAUUCUAAGAUCUCACCUAUGCGUGGUGCCCUUGCUACCUGGGGUCUUACUGUUGAUGACAUCCAGGUUGCAUCAUUCCAUGGCACUUCAACGGUCAAGAAUGAGCUCAAUGAGUGUAGCGUUAUUCAAGAGCAGAUGUCCCAGCUUGGCAGGACCAAGGGCAAUCCGGUCAUGGCCGUCUUCCAGAAGCAUCUUACAGGCCACCCUAAGGGCGCUGCAGCUGCUUGGAUGCUCAACGGCGCCCUCCAGAUCAUGAACUCUAGCAUGAUUCCCGGUAACCGUAACGCCGACAAUAUCGACAAUGCUCUCGAGAAGUUCGACCAUAUCGCUUUCCCUAACGAGACGAUCCAGACCAGUGAGGAAGUCAAAGCUUUCAUCGUGAGUUCCUUCGGAUUCGGCCAGAAGGGCGCCCAGGCUAUCGGCGUUCACCCCAAGUACCUUUUUGCUGCUGCAGGCAAGGAUGCAUACGACGCCUACCUCCAGAAGGUGCGGAGGAGGCAGGACAAGGCUUACCAUCACUUCCAUAAAUCGAUGAUGACCAACACGAUGUUCAGGGCUAAGGAUGAUCCACCCUAUAGCAAAGAGAUGGAGACUGAGUUCUUGACGAAUCCGGAUGCGAGGUUGCCUAUGAGCAUGGAGAUGUAA